AUGCAGGUUAUUGUGCAACUAUUCCGUAGCGUAAACUCGUGGCGAAAAUCGAAUCGCAACCGUUCGCCCAAACGUGACCCUCCCCUCGCCCUCGCUUUCCUUUCCCACGCUUCCGCUCUCUUUCGCCCGCGUCGUCGCCAUCGCUUCCGCAGCUCGUCGCGUGCCCGUCGCCUUCGCUCCGCCCGUCGCCUUCACUUCUCCCCCGUCGCCUUCACUUCUCCCCCGUCGCCUUCACUCCCCCCCCUCUUCCGUUGCCUUCAUUUCCCCCUCCCGUCGCCUUCACUUCCCCCUCCCGUCGCCUUCACUUCCCCCUCCCGUCGCCUUCAAUUCCCCCUCCCGUCGCCUUCAUUUCCCCCUCCCGUCGCCUUCAUUUCCCCCUCCCGUCGCCUUCAUUUCCCCCUCCCGUCGCCUUCACUUCCCCCUCCCGUCGCCUUCACUUCCCCCUCCCGUCGCCUUCACUUCCCCCUCCCGUCACACUCGCUUCCCAACCCGUCACCUUCACUUCCCCUCCCAUUGCCUUUCACUCUCUCCUGCUCAAUCUCUUUCCCCCUGCUCACUCUCUUCCCCCCUGCUCACUCUCUUUCCCCCUGCUCACUCUCUUCCCCCCUGCUCACUCUCUUCCCCCCUGCUCACUCGCUUCCCCCCUCCUCAAUCGCUUCCCCCCUGCUCACUCUCUUCCCACUCUCUUCCCCCCUGCUCACUCUCUUCCCCCCUGCUCACUCUCUUCCCCCCUGCUCACUCUCUUCCCCCAUGCUCACUCGCUUCCCCCCUCCUCAAUCUCUUUCCCCCUGCUCACUCGCUUCCCCCCUCCUCAUUCUCUUUCCCUCUGCUCACUCCCCUUGUUCUAACCCCACUUUCCCCAUUUCUCACCCAUUUUCCCCCUUCACGCUCUCUUACCCCCUCUGCUCGCCCCUGUUUUCCCAACUCACGCCUAUACUCACUCUCUCCCCCCCUGCUCACUCUCUUCCCCCCCUGCUCACUCUCUUUCCCCUUGCUCACUCUCUUUCCCCCCUUCUCACUCUCUUUCCCCCUUCACGCUCUCUUUCCCUCCCUUCCGCCCGUUGCCCCCCUUCGUCUCGCGCUCGUCCCCUCGCAAUCCCCGUCUCUCUCUCCCCCCGUCGCCCUCGUUUUCCCCGUCGCCCUCCCUUCCACUCCUCGUUGCCCUCGCCAUCCCUCCCUUCUCCCUUCCCAUCUCGCACACUUGUCACGCCCCCUUUCCAACCCGCACAUACACCCUUCCCUUCUUCCCUGUUUCCUCGAGCAACAUAG